AUGUUUGACGCUGGAAGACGCCGUUGGGUUUGCAAGUUUCGGAACCCCACGUGGCUGGAGCCCCUUUACCUUCGCGACGCUCGAAUCCACGUGAAAAACGCGGACGUCGGUCAGGACGCCCGUGCUGUCGAUAGGAAUGAAUCUCUUCGUCUGCUCUCGCGCAAUAACUAUGCGUUGUUGUACGAUACUGAAUUGCGAAUAGCGAUAUGGUGUGGAUUUUAUCUUACCAAGGAACAGGUAAAGGCUGCUCGGCGUUUUCCUCGAGAUCGUGUUUCGUUUACGGACCGGACACUUCCAAAAGAAGAACAGGUAACACCAUCGCAGAUGCAACGGUGCGGGUUUGAUAAAGGGCAUAUGGCUCCGCAUGCUUCUGUUGUCACGUGUUCGGUCAGUAAUUUGGAGGCGUCAUUGCUUUCAAACUUUGUACUUCAACACAAGGUGCUUAAUCGCGGUGUGUGGAAAAGAUUAGAAACCCUUUCACGGUGCUAUGUUGAGGGCCACCGCGCAAAGGCGUCUAAACUGCUAAUAGAAAACAGUGAGGAGGAUACAAUAUCUCUUCCUUUAGAACAGACUGGAUUCUUAAAAGGCUCGAGAUGUUUGGCGGUGUCCACAGGCGUCUUGUUCAAAAAAGGAAAUGAAUCUCUUUCUCAUUUAACUCUCAAAGACAAAGCAAAACGAGGGGUUCCUGUUCCGGACGAACUGUACAUGGCGUUGUGGGAUGUGCAUUCUCACCAUCGAAUUGCUUUCAUUCUACCAAAUAAUGAAACUUCUGAUAUUCCGUCAGCAAGUAUCAAACACCUAUUAGGGAGGAGAAAGUUCCCUGAGAGUCAAAGGAUGCUGUCACAUAGAAAAGAGAAUGGGUAUAAGAGGAAAAGGCUUAUAUUACCCGAAGUAAAUAAAUGUUUAGAAAAAGCGAUUCUUUCGGAUAUUCUUCACUUUCGUGUUACAAUAGAGGAACUUGAGAAGCGCAUUGUGGCAUCUGAAGGAGUUAUCGCGGAAAGUUUGUUUUGUCAAUCUCCCAAUGGACGGUCAAUGUGCACUUCUUUGAAAAGACAUAGUGGGACCGAACAAUUGGGUGUUUUGCAACGGGAAUCCCCACUUGUAGAGCUCUUCCCACUUCAAAAAAGAAGGCAUGCCUGUAGAAUGUUAUUUAUCCGCAUACUUCAUUUGAAAUGGCUGCGGACACGACGAAAAAGUAAGAUGUCUCAGUAA